AUGGUACAAACAAUUGGAUUCAUUGGUGUUGGUCAAAUUGGUGGCGGUGUCGCUAAAUUAGCUGUUAAUGCUGGUUAUGAUGUUGUGUUGAGUAAUUCAAGAGGUCCAGAAUCUUUAGCAGAUGUUGUUAAUGAUUUAGGUCCAAAAUCAGAUUCAAAAACUUUUAAAGAAAUUGCUAAUGAUGAAAACAUUGAUAUUGUUGUUUUAUCAAUACCAUUAAAAGCUAUUGAAGAUCUUUUACCAUCAUCAGGUUUGAAAAAUAAAUUAAUCCUUGAUACUACAAAUUAUUAUGCUGAUAGAGAUGGGAAUGUUGCAGUAUUAGAUAAUAAAAAAUUAUUAACUAGUGAAUAUGUUGCAAAAUUUUUAGAUAAGUCUAAUAAAUUAGUUAAAGUUUUCAAUAAUAUUGGUGCAAUUCAUCUUAGAAGUGCUGCUACUAAAGAUCCAAACUCUCAAACAACAUUACCAAUUGCAGGUGAUGACUCAAAUGCAAAGGAUCAAACAACAAAUUUCCUCAAUAAUAUUGGAUAUCAAGCAUUAGAUGUUGGUAAAUUAGAAGAUAGUUGGAAAUUUGAACCAAAUACACCAGCUUAUGGAUGGCCAUAUAUUCCAAAAGUUCCAAAAGAUCUUAAUGAAGAAGAUCAAAAGAAGUACUAUAUUACACAUGUUGCAGAACCAGUCUCUAAAGAUCAAUUGAAAAAGAUCAUUGAUAGUGUUAGUUUUGAAGAUCAUAAACCAAGUGGUUCAUUUGAUGAUUAUCCAAAAUUUGUUGGUGAUGCAUUGGUUGAGAUGUAUAGAGAAGCUGAAAAAAUUAAAGCUGCAAAUUCAUCAAUUGUGUUUUAA